CUUUAAAGAAAGCGAACCCUCCCACCUGUCCUCGUGCCGCUCCGCCGGGGUUCAAGGGCUCCCAUUGGCAGGCGGCCGCCGUCAAUCUUUGUAAGGCGCCACGCGAAAAAAGCGGCCGGCGCAAACUCAGACGGCCGAGUGCGGCAGAUGCGCGUGUGCCACACGGCAACACUAUGAACAUUCUAUCAGUUUGCAGAAGACGUUACAGCAAUGAAUGAAGAACACACAGAUGUAACGAAUGGGUGCAGUAAAGUCAGAACUGGUACUCAGAAUGAGGCUGCCUUAUUGGCUCUUAUGGAAAAGACUGGCUACAACAUGGUUCAAGAAAAUGGACAACGAAAAUUUGGUGGACCACCACCGGGUUGGGAAGGUCCACCACCACCUCGAGGCUGUGAAGUUUUUGUAGGGAAAAUUCCCCGUGAUAUGUAUGAAGAUGAACUAGUUCCUGUUUUUGAAAGAGCUGGGAAGAUCUAUGAAUUUAGACUGAUGAUGGAAUUUAGUGGUGAGAAUCGUGGAUAUGCAUUUGUAAUGUAUACAACCAAAGAAGAAGCUCAGCUUGCCAUUAGGAUCCUUAAUAAUUAUGAGAUCCGUCCUGGAAAAUUUAUUGGUGUUUGUGUAAGUUUGGAUAACUGCAGACUAUUUAUUGGAGCUAUCCCAAAAGAAAAGAAGAAAGAGGAGAUCUUAGAUGAAAUGAAAAAAGUUACGGAAGGUGUAGUAGAUGUUAUUGUGUAUCCAAGUGCAACUGACAAGACAAAGAAUCGUGGUUUUGCAUUUGUAGAAUAUGAAUCCCACAGAGCUGCAGCUAUGGCACGAAGAAAAUUGAUUCCUGGAACAUUCCAGUUGUGGGGCCAUACUAUUCAGGUUGAUUGGGCAGACCCAGAAAAAGAGGUUGAUGAAGAAACCAUGCAGAGAGUCAAAGUAUUAUAUGUUAGAAACUUGAUGAUCUCGACUACAGAAGAAACAAUUAAGGCUGAAUUUAACAAAUUUAAACCAGGAGCUGUUGAGCGUGUAAAGAAACUUCGAGAUUAUGCUUUUGUUCAUUUUUUCAACCGAGAUGAUGCAGUUGCUGCUAUGUCAGUAAUGAAUGGGAAAUGCAUUGAUGGAGCUAGCAUUGAGGUAACACUCGCCAAGCCAGUAAACAAAGAAAGUACCUGGAGACAACAUCUGAAUGGACAAAUUAGUCCCAGUUCUGAAAACCUCCUUGUCUUUGCAAACAAAGAAGAUGGUCACCAAAAAUCACUACCGAAGCCAGCCAGUCUCCCAAUUCGACUGAAUGGACAGCACAGUCCAAGUCCUCCUGAAAUUGAAAGGUGUACUUACCCAUUUUUUCCUGGAACAAAGCUUACUCCAAUUAGCAUGUACUCAUUAAAAUCUAGUCAUUUUAGUUCUGCAGCAAUGCAGUUAGAUUAUUACUGCAACAAAAAUAACUGGGCUCCUCCAGAAUAUUACUUGUAUUCAACUACAAGUCAAGAUGGAAAGGUUCUACUAGUGUACAAGAUUGUUAUUCCUACUGUUGCAAAUGGAUCCCAAAGUUAUUUUAUGCCAGACAAACUCUGCACAACAGUAGAAGAUGCAAAAGAAUUAUCAGCACAGUUUGCACUGCUACACUUGGACUACAAUUUCCGUCGAAGUUCAGUAAAUAACAUUUCUCCAGUUAGUGCUACUCUCUCUUCUGGAACAACCAGCAUGUUACCAUAUACAUCCAGACCAUAUUCUUAUCCAAGCUACCCUUUGUCACCAACAAUUCCACUUGCUAAUAGCAACCAUGUUGGACAGCGUCUGUAUAUCUCCAAUCAGGCCUCAUUCUUUUGAAAAAAAAAGAAAAAGCUGGAGGAAAAUGGAAUACGUUUUAUUUUAUUUUAAAUCUAGAGUGUAGUUUUAGUUUUAAUCGGGUCCACGCAAUUAGUUUUGGUGAGUUAACUUUAUCCAUUUUACAGAUUGCUUAUAAAUUUACUGAAUUUGUGUGAAGAUAAAGUUUCAAACGUGUUUUUGUUUGGCAAGAAUGGGAUUCUUUCAAACGUGACAUUGUAUUUCAUGCCUUGUCUAAUUGUAGGCAAGGGAACCCAAGUAAUAUUUUUUUAAAGUAAUUACUUUGCUGAAUGGUAGCAUUAACAUAUUUUAAGUGCCUACAAAUGUUGGUUAUAAUCUUGUUACCAAGGAUCACACUUCUUUUCUUUUCUCUUUUGGAGAUGGGAAACAUUAUUUUGUUAAAAAGCAAAGUAUUAUGUAAGAAGGAAAUGAUACAGAUGAGAGAUUUAUUUUUGUAGAAAAACAAAAACAAACUUAACUCCAAGUGAA